AUGUCACGUCUCUCUGCUAUCCUCCUCCUCGCCACCAGUGCCGUCUAUGCGUCCGUCACCCCUGCUCACGAAUCUCAUACCGAGAACAAGCCCCUUGGUAACAAGUGGUAUCAUGAAGACGACCAUCCAGUACACGCCCUCUUCAAGCGUGGACCGGUCGGCGAUGGUAUUCUUUAUUCCGCGAUAGGAACGCCCGAAUGGUCCGCCGGCUUCCCUCCAGCCACUGCGGAUACUACGAUGCUCCCCCAGGCUUGGGUGGAUGCUCUUAACGCAGCCGCCUUGGCAGGCAAGAUUCCCGAUAUUCCCCAGUCUACAAGUACCAACGGAAUGGAUCCCGUAUACCCCACUGGAUAUGACCCGGCAAGCGCGACUGUUUGCUCCUCAACUGCCAAGUGUGUUACGCCAGGUGACGUGUGGGAUGCUCCGCCGGGUGUUAUCGCCCUUAGUUUUGACGAUGGUCCGCUACCGGCGUCGGAUCAGCUGUAUCAGUUCCUCGCUAACCACUCGGAACAUGUAACGCACUUCUUCAUUGGCACCAACAUUCUCCUGUAUCCCGAGCAGUUCAAAACCGCCUUCGAGACGAACCAGGAUGAUAUCGCCGUUCACACCUGGACUCACCCAUACAUGACCACCAAGUCGAACAUCGAGAUCCUCGCCGAGCUCGGAUGGACGAUGGAACUCAUCCACAACUCGACGGGCGGGCGUAUCCCGAAGUACUGGAGGCCGCCUUACGGUGAUUCUGAUAUGCGCGUCCGGGCUGUUGCAAAGGAAGUAUUCGGGCUCAUAACCGUCAUCUGGAAUCAAGACACUGAUGACUGGACCUUGAGUGAGCCUGUCCCAUUGACCACGCCAGAAAAAAUCCAACAGGAAAUGACACAGUGGUUGACCGGUCCAAAGACCCCUGGACUUGUCAUUUUGGAACACGAGUUGUCUGAUCUAUCCGUCAAGUCAUUCAUAGACGCAUACCCGAUGAUGGUUUCAAAUGGCUGGCAAAGGUUAUCUCUUGCUCAGAUGGAUGCUGGUUCAGCCUACCAGAACGCCUGGAAUGCAACAUCGCAAGUCAACCCAGCAAAAGUAGGUGACUUGGCCGUCAAGCCUCCGGUCCGUGCCAGUACUACUGCGAAACCGAUAGCAACCACUGCCAAAAAGUAA